UAAGCAAGAUUCGGCCCUCCCCGGGGUUUGGUGUCAGACUGAGAAGAUGUCCGGGUGCCCUCCGAGGCUUUUUCAGUGUUGGCACCAUGUGGCUUUGGGGUGCAGGGCUUGGUGCCCCCACGGCCACCCUCCACACCUGGCUCGGGGCUCUGGGGAUACAGGGCCCCCGCUUGACAAAGCCAGGGGAGCCCCGCUGCAGCUCACAGUUCUCUCCAAGUAUAGUUUUAGGGAGUUUUUCAGAAUGAUUCAUCUUAGGUACUUGAUUGUUUUAAAGCCACAAGCUGUCGCUGGAGAUUCCCUCUGAAUUUUUAACCUCAGUCUUGCAGGAGGUGAUCUGACAAUUCAGAACACCGCUCACUGGGAGUCCUGGGGGAACGCAGGGAACAUGGAGCUUGUUUUUCGCACCAAGAAUGCAAUGACCCGUGAAGUCUCACUAAGCUUAGAUUCACAUAGUCAUUCUCUUUAACCUGCGAAGAAGCACGUGCGGACUUGAUCUCGUUGGCACCUCUUGACAGCCUUUGCUAUAAAACCCCGCUUCUCUUGCAGAGAAGAUGGAAGGCCCAAGUAGGAGCGCAGGACGGGGAGGGAUGCCGGCGCGUGCUUCUGCGUGAGCGCGGUGCUCAUGGCUCAGAGCAGUUCCUAACUCGGUCUCCACAGCCCGCCUCCCCCUGCAGCUGAGCACGCCGAGGCCUAGGAAGCAUGAGUGACCUGCCCGGCGCCCCCGGCUCGCCGGGCCUCAGCCUCUGACCCAGCCCUCUGGACUCUGGCCCGGCGGGCUGUUUCUCCGUGGCCACGUAUACCAGCAGAGUGGCAUCAGACCAACGUCCUCUCUUUCCUCUCAGGAUGUGAAAGGGGCAGAAAAAUAAAGAACCGCCUCUCUGCACGUCUCUCCCCGUCUGCUAGAAUGUUUCUCAUGAACGCCCCUCCUGUGGUUGCUCUCCAGUCAAAAUGGGAGGCCUUUGGCACACCGGGGGGCUUUAGGUUUCCCGGGUGCUUCUCGGAGCCAAAAGAGGGCGUCUCGAGAGCUUCAGUGAGUGCCAAAGUACAGAUGGUCAUCAGCACACUCCAGAGGGACGAGGCUGCUCUGGGCAUGAGCGAUGAGCUUGCCCUGCAGAGAAGCCAGAGGGCAGAGAAAGGCCGGGACACCAGGCCGGCCGCCACCCCUGCGUUUGCUGCCUGUGGUCUCGAUGCUGAUUUUGUCCCCUCGAGGGAGGAGGAGGCUGCAGACUUUGGCCCCUUGGUGCUGGAUUCGGACAGUGACGACUCGGUGGACCGGGACAUUGAGGAAGCGAUCCAGGAGUACCUAAAGGCCAAGAGCGGGGCCGCCCAGCCACCUGGGGCCACAGAUGGGAGCAGGCGGUCCAAACCAGAGGUUCCUCUGAGUAGUGCCCCGACUGCCCCGUGUCCCCCGAAGUUUGCACCCAGCUCAGGAGGCGCCCCUGGCAGCUGCGUGGGAGCCGGCCAGGACCGGGGCUCCGCCUCCCCGGUUAGCGUUAGCAGCGAUGACUCCUUCGAGCAAAGCAUCCAGGCAGAGAUUGAACAGUUUCUGAACGAGAAAAGACAACACGAGACCCCAAGAUGUGAUGUUUCCGUGAACACGAAACCAGACCCCAACGAUAAUGCAGCCAGAUCAGCAUUUAGAUCCAGCAAAGAGCCGACAGCCAAGGCACAUCGGCAGGAAGUGAUGGGACCCUGCAAGGACUUUCUCUUCCGGAAACCUCCCAGGCUAGCGAAGGUGAGCACACGGCCCCGAGGCCUCAGGUCCAAGGCCACUGCUGAGCCGGCGAGUGCGGACGGCGCGAAGCCAGCCACCGCUGCUGGCCGCCCUGCAGAAGCAGCCCAGAGUAAAGGUGUGGUCAGGAGGAGCGCUGGGCGGAGGACGAAGCGAGCCAAGAGCGUGGCCCUGGUGUGUAAGGCAUCCGGCUCCAGCAGUGAUGAUGGCAUUGAGGAGGCCAUCCAGCUGUACCAGCUGGAGAAGAGGAAGGAGGCGGGCAGAGACCCGCCGCAGAGAACGCCGCUCGGGGAGGGGAAGGGGCCUGACCCUCCAGCACACAGCACAGGCCACUCCACGAAAGGUGCUUUGCCCGAAACCCAUAGGAAAACACCAGGCAGGAAGAAGCAGGUGGUCCCAAAGGCCAUGGACCUUAGCCCAGGUGGCCCUGACCCUGACCACCCCUCCAAGCCACCCAGAGAUCCCAGAGCUGCCGAAAACGAGCUUGUGGAUCGGCCGCCAUGCCGGGCAGACACGUCCGCUGAGCUGAUGUGCGCCGAAGCAAUCUUGGACAUUUCCAAAACCAUCCUGCCAGCCCCCGCGGGGGGCAGCGAGAGACCCCCGCCUGCCAGCCCGCUCUCCUGCCCCCGAACCGUGCCUUCCCGCUGUGAUGGGGACAGCAGCUCUGUGGACAGCAAUGACAGCAUAGAACAGGAAAUCCGGACGUUCCUGGCUCUGAAGGCUCAGUCAGGGGCUUGGCUGGCCCGAACAGAGAGCUUCCCGCAGACCACACCGAGCCCAGCGCCGCCACCUGGCCCUGGGGUCCCCAGCUCUAAAACGCUGGACCUGUCGCUGAGCUGCAAAAGGAAACGCAGAGGAGUCAGCCAUGCUGUGCCACCAUCCACACCUAAGAAAGCGAGAGAGACGGCGCAGGAGGGCGCCCGGGAUGCCGACCACAGCCCCGUGAGCACACAGCCUGGCCAGGCCCCCAGGGCGGAAAGCCAGACCAGGGCCCAGCCCCUCCCCUGCAGGCCGCUUGAGCUGGGUGACCAGCACGGUGGCCCCAACGCCAGGGGCAGCGUGUGGCCCGGGCACGGGAAGGCAGCCCCAGCGAGGAGUGCAGGGGAGCAGGGGAGCUCUGAGGACAAGAGCAGCUCCCUGGACAGCGACGAGGACCUGGACACUGCCAUCAAGGACCUACUGCGGUCCAGGCGGAGGCUCAAGAAGAGGUGGAAGGACCCCAGGGCUGCGUGCAAGAGGAAGGUCAGGUUUAGCACCACUGAGCCCCAGUUCUUGGAUAAACUAGGCGGCUUUCGGAAAGACUGGAAGGACAGAAGCCCCCGUCUGUUGAAAAGCUGCCUCUCGAAGCCCAAAAAGGACAGCAGGGAGAACCUAGGGAAAAAGCCUUUGAGUGUCUCCUGCAGAGACAGAGAGAGAACCAGGGCAGACGGCGCCGGCCCCGGGGAUGCGCCCCCCGCCCCCCAGCUCAGGAGAAGAGCCUCCGAAGGGAAUCUGUUCUGCCGUGAAGCCGACGCCUGUGAACUUCAGGGUGCAGCCCCCAGCUCCCAGCCUCCGCCCGAGGACAGCAGCUCCGUGGACAGUGACGACAGCAUCGAGCUGGAGAUCAGGAAGUUUUUGGCCGAAAAGGCCAAGGAGUCCGGGAGCAGCUCAGAAGCCCCAGGAGGAGUCCCAGGCACCCCGGGGAUGGGGAGCGGGCCCAGGCUGGAGCUGCCGUGCCAGAAGGUGCCAGCACCCGCCCUUGCCCUUCACCCCGGUGUGUGCACACGGAGCCAGCGGGGCAGAGGCGGGCCUCAGCUGGCCGAAGGCCUGGAGGACACGGGGAGAGCCUGCCUUCUGGGCGGGAGGAGCAGCCCCCGUGCAGAGCAGGCCUGCCUCCCUGCAGCCGUGGCCAGGCGCCCCAGUGUGGGGGGCGCCCUGUGUGCCAAAGGGCCAGCUACUGGCCGGCGACUGGUUUGCACUCACAAAGAUCAGAGCCCAAGAGGGACCGAGCGUGCCAGGGAACGUGCUGUCGGGUCGCCGCCCUCUCGCGUUCAAGCGGGCGCCUGGGCAGAAAGCCCCGGUGUGGCCUUUGCUGUGACCACGCAGGGCCAGAGCCCACGGACUCGGAAGCCGGGAGCAGAUGGGCUGGGGAGCCCCCAGGCUGGCCUUGCCCUCCCGUGGGCCAACUUUACCCACCAGAGUCGGUUGCAGAGCAUGUGGGCGCUGAGCCCUGAAGGCAGGGAGGCUGUGUGGAGAGGGGCCCUCGGGGGCCAGAGAGACCAGGGGCCGGAGGGCCAGGACCCCAAGAAAGGCCUGCCCUUCACGGGCUUCUCCUCGCUGCUGUCCACACAGCUAUUCCACUUUGGAAAGAGCGCCUCCUGGGGGGGCAAGCCCGCCAGUGUCUUCAGCCCGCCCCUGAGUCUGCCCCUGCAGGGCCCAUCCUUCUCGGCCUUCAGAGAGACCCCGGUGGGCCACAGUCCCGUGUUUGGAAGCUCACACCUGCUCGCGAAGAAGGAGGGGGGACACUGGCCCAGCCGGAAGUCCCAGGCGGCAUGCACUCUGCACACCAGGAGGAACUCAGGCUCUGAGGAGGACGUUCUAGACCUGAGGUACAGGCGGAGGGCCGUCAGUGGAGGCGAUGAGGCCCCGGACGCCUUGGGCAGUGAGUCCAGUGAGCUCAGUGACACCUCCGUGGAGGAGGGCGGUGGCCCGGGGGCCAAGGGCAAAGCCCUCCAGCCGUGAGGAUGCUCACGGCUCUGUCUUCACGGGAAGCAGACAGACACGCAGGUACCUGUGUGUGCGUGUGACGCUCACCACCCCAGGACGGAAACCAGAGGCCACUCUGCUCCGCCUACAGCUGUACAUAUUAUGUCCACUGGGAGCCAUGGUGUUAUUUAACGAAUGUGUCCUGGAAAAUAUGAUUUUUGUAGCUUUUUUGUAAAUUAUUUAAAGUGCUGUAAAAAAUAUUUUUGGAAAAUACAGUUGUUUGGUUUUGUAGGGCGUGCCUAACCGCAGCUUUCCAUGGCAUACAGGCGAGUGUUAGACAAGUGGACACGUGACCAUUGCAGCCAGGGUUGACGUGAACCCAACUCUGAUAGUUUGGGGCGAUUGCUGCUUGAAGGUAGCAGUGGCCACCCACCCACCCCAAGAAUCACAAAGGCGCCCGCAGAGGUCUCUGCCGGGAAGCUGCCGGACAGCACCUGUGACAUAGGGGCCCCCGGUCCCGCGAGGCCAGAGAGAGGCUUCUGGACGCCGCACUUGGAGACAUCUCAAAGCACAAAGUUCAGCAAGCACACGGACUGGCCGACCCCUGUUGCACGUGGAAAUGCCACGGGAGGCCUCAACGGCACGCCCGGUCCACACCCAGCCCGUGGUAUUUCAUGCCCAGCCCUGUGCGACCCCCGCAGGAUUCUAGCGGCUCAAUAAAGCUCUUUUUCCAUGGGAGCCACUGUUUUCCAGUUUUAGUCACAGUUCCAAAGGGUAACAGACAAGGUGUGUGUUUUAAAUGUCCUUUUCUUGAUCUGGGUGCCAGAACACACAAGACUCGAGCCACCUGACCAGUCCUGGUGCCCAGACACCUCUAGAGCCCAGGACGAGGCCCAACACCCUCCAGGGACCGGGGCCUCAUCGAGGUGUGUUCUCACAACCCAGCAGUCGUGCCUGGCGGCUUUCCGAGGGCCUGCCUCCCCGCCCGGCAGGACCAGGGCCGAGCCCUGCGAGGUGCGUGGUCGUGGGCAGGGCGCCGGGCCUCGCGGUGUGUUUGAGCCGAGCCGCGGUGCCUUGCCAGGUAGAGAAGAGCACGGCUUCCUGUGCCUUCUGCUCAGAGGCUGCUGUGGGGACAGGAGGGCAGCAGCAUCCCGUGGGCCGGACGCUCAGCGGUCGUGGCGUUGCUGCGCAGCUGUCCGGCAAACUUCUAUCAGUGACCCUGGGCUUUACGACUCACCGCUGCAAUUUAGCUGUGAUGGACUUGGAGCAAGGUUGACCUUGCAGCGGGGUUUAGCUGGUGUUCAAAAAUGCAAGUGAAUUUCCUGGGGUUUAGCAGCACGGCACCUCUGCACCCCAGCCUGCCCGGCACCUGCACCCCAGCCUGCCGGGCACCUGCACAGGUGCAUUUGCCAGUGCCCUUCCAGUUCUUAUACUCACUUAGGUGCUUCCGGGAAAAACAGUUCAAUUUGUGCAAUCCAUGCUUUAAAUUUUAUUUAAUUUUUAGAGAGUGCUCUUAACACUUGAAAACAAAAAUCAGCCUGUUUUGUACAUAAGAACUGGGUUUUUAAAACGCUAAUAAAUCCAGCACUGCUCAUGAAUCAGCUCACGCAGCUUGUCUUCCCUGGAGUGGCCUUUGUGGGAUGAUGCCAAGAGGGUCCACCCGUGCAUUUAGCCCUGAGCACCCCUCACCCCCUUCUGGAUCUCCCCUAGACCCGGCACCCUCCGCACGUGCUUCCUUCCUGCUUCCCGGGUUCCUGCCACGUCUGCCACGCCGACCCCCAUGCAUCGUGGUUCCUGGGCAGCGUGGGCACUGCCGUUCACAUGUGCCUUGUGUUCACACUUGCUGGGCAUAAGCCUGCUUGUGCUGGCCCAUCCCUGGGACCACCGACACGCUCCUGCUUCUGCACCCACACCCGAGGUCAGCUCUGGCACACACUGGGGCCAGCCCAGAGGUACCCCUGCACCCUGUCUGGAAGGGGGGCUGCAGUGGGGUGAGCGAGUGGGGCCUGGCACUGCAGCCAUGAACGGCAGAGUCCUGGGAGCUGCUGCACAGGACCCCAGGUGUUCACCCACCUGUGAUCCUUAAGAGAUCUGUAAUCCUUAAUCACUUCCCAGGGAAGGAGGGGUCUGUGUGUCUGGGGCUAGAGGCUCAUUCAUUUAAUGCAAAGAAGGGGAGAGGCCUGAUUUUCAGUAGGUCAUCCUGGGACUCACUGCGUCUCUCUGGACAGAACGGGCACAGGUGGAAUGGAGGUGUGAGGGGAGGGAGAGCCCUGGCGCUAGUGUGUGAUGCCCACCACCCACAUCUAGAGAGGGAGGGUCUUCCACAGACAAGGCUCCGAGUCUGAAUUGUCAGCAGGUUUUCCCAAGCUGAGACGCACUUGCGUGGGGAAACCAGGCCCUACAUUUAAGUUGCUAGCCCCUUUCCUGCUCCUUUACAAAUAUGAAAGCAUUGCGACCUUGAUUUCCCCAUCCCUCAAAAUUAACUGAAGGGCCUGCUGAGGGGACCCACCAUCCACAUCUGCAGAUCGCAGCCAGGUCUACUCCAGGGGAGGCUGACCGGGAGCGGGGAAUAGUUUGUUGUUUGCAGGAUCUUCGGGGCUUCUGCUCUGCUGUGCUCUGGACGAAGAGAUGUUCCCCCGUGUUGACGAAUUUCCUAUCUGAAACUUUAUUCUAAGUCGCUAUAACUGAGAGGCGAAAAGCUACUGAAGACCGGUCUACAGGUGUACGUGAAAACACAUGUCCAGUGUUGGAAGUCUCUGCUUUCCACCCCACCCGCAGCCACGCUGAGUGACGAAUUAGUGAGGUCUUCUGAAGCCCUAUUUCUCGGUGUUUCCUCUCAUGGUGGGAAAAAUCGGCCUCACACAGCCAGGCCUCCUCGGGGGAGGACAGGCUCUCCUGUCGUCGCCGUCUGGGGAUGCUGUGCUCGCCUCUUUGUUAACGGUUCUGACCGCAGCGAGGCCUUGGAGAGACAUCAGGACCCAGGUCAGAGAGUGGCAGGGUCCUUCCCCCCGCCUCGGUGCCCCGGGGGAGCAGGCUGACUGCAAGCCCAGGGCAGGGUCUUGCAGCCCUCCAUAAGACCGCCCAACUGCAUACUCUUCUCCCUGCUCCAUGCUAAAGAUUCCAGCAGGAAAACAUGCCAAAAAGAUCCAUUCAUCAUCACCGGAGUUCCUGUAAGACUUGUUGUGUGCAGAGUCAGGGCCAGGACCGCGGGGUCCGAUGCCCGUGGCCACGCCUCCCUGGGUACACCCCAGGUGGGCUCCAACCCAGGGGCUGCAGGGCCCGGACUCACCCCAGGGGAUGAUGUCAACAUCCUCCAAAACCUUUAGCGGGCAGACAGGAGUGUGGCCACCCUGCAGCUCCAGGGCCCCGGCCCCAGGACGCAGAUGCCGGGAGCCCGAGCCAGAGACACUCCUGGGCUUUUGGGAAGACGGGCAUACAUGUUCUAUCAAAGUUACUUCUGUUUUCCAUCUUCCCAGACGUUUAUUCUAUGGAGAGGAUUCCAUUUAGAAUACACGUAGAGUCUAGCUUUACCUCGUUAGCAGCGCUGACAGCACAGCGUAUUAGCCAGGGUGCGUGAAAGCACCCCGCGCCCGUUAGGAUGCACAAGUCCGUCCGGGAGGCCGCCAGGGAGCCCAGUCCAGUCGGCCCCACCACGGCCUUCAGCCGGCAGCAGGAGGCUUGUCCCACCAACGGGGCCUCCCGUGCACUUGGCUUGGACCAGUCCCGAGUGCAGCACUCACGGGCGGACGGUUAUUCUGUGCCAUGGCUCUGUCCCUCCCUGGAGUCGCUGGCCUGCUGUUCACUACCGCCGAGGAAGGAACUCGUUCUUUUCGGUGAGUUUAGAAAUUGGUUAAAAAGGCCCUCUUUUUCUUGUUUUGAUUUCCACAGAAGCUAAACACAGAAGUGUCCUCAGUAUUUCGGUAUUUUUUGUGAAGGGCUGUACAAGCUACUUUCCGGUCUGAUGCCUGGAAGAGUCCACUGGUUUCGCAGCUUAGAAAAUCACCCCCACAGAGCCUGGCCUCAGGCUCCGCGUCGCAUCUUUUCAUCAAGAGUAUUUUAUUUUCUCUGGAAACCAUUUCCAUCCCAAAUUGGACAUUAAGAAUGUUGCCAAAACGUUUACUUACGCAUAUUAAUAAUAAAAAGGUCCUAAUGAAGAAAGAACCAGGCACCGUGUUGAAUCUCUUCCCACAUUCAUGGGACUAAGACUUUUGUGAAUGAGUUGUCAUCCGGGGAAGGGAACAAUGACUUCGUCAGGAGCCCGUGCUUCCGGGCUUCCUACGAUGAACAAGUCCUGCUCUCAGGAAGGAAGGAGGGAGAGCUAAGUCUGAAAGACAGACAGACACCGGCCCAGAAGAACUCUCCUCAUUGAGGACCCGCUACAUCAUAGCAAACAUAGAUCGAGAACUGCAGAGAGAAGAGUGUGGAAUUCCCUGCCUGCUGGUUUUUUAACUUUGUACUGAAAACUGAAAGUGAACGGCAAGAGAGAAGUCCCACGUACACCUCACCCCCUCCAUAGAUCUGGCCUCCCGGGCCUGCCCCUCGGUGGCUGUGGGGCAUUCGCAGGGACCCCAAGCUGGCCAGUGUGGGUCAGGGACAGGGCACUCCUGCUGGUCUUCCCCACGC